AUGGAGGCAAUAUGGCUGUACCAAUUUCGACUGAUAGUCAUUGGCGAUUCUACGGUGGGGAAAUCAUGCUUAAUAAGACGUUUCACCGAGGGACGAUUUGCACAAGUGUCAGACCCCACGGUCGGGGUUGAUUUCUUUUCCCGGCUGGUGGAGAUUGAGCCGGGGAAACGCAUUAAACUCCAAAUCUGGGACACUGCGGGACAAGAGCGCUUCAGGUCCAUCACUAGGGCUUACUACCGUAAUUCGGUUGGCGGCUUGCUUCUCUUCGACAUCACCAAUCGUCGCUCCUUCCAGAACGUUCACGAGUGGCUGGAGGAGGCGCGUAGCCACGUGCAGCCGCACAGCAUCGUCUUCCUCCUGGUGGGCCACAAAUGCGACCUGGAGCCGCAGCGGCAGGUGAGCCGGCAGGAGGCCGAGAAGCUGGCGGCCGCCUACGGCAUGCGCUACGUGGAGACGUCGGCGCGCGACGCCAUCAACGUGGAAAAGGCCUUCACGGAACUGACGCGGGACAUCUUCGAACUGGUCAAACGCGGGGACAUCACCAUCCAGGAGGGCUGGGAGGGCGUGAAGAGCGGCUUCGUGCCCAACGUGGUGCACUCGUCCGAGGAGGUGACCAAAAGCGACCGUCGGUGCCUCUGUUGA